UUCAGAAUGAAUAUGAUGGCGUUGGCAACACUUACAUUUCACGUGUGACAUUUGCUGUCAUUUUGUGCUGUAUAAUACGAAACACAAUAUCCAAAACAUUUCUUCGAUAAGUUUAAUAUGGUUAAAAAUAAAUUAAAAGUAAAGACUAGAACGAAAAAUGUUAAAAAGUCUAAACAAUGUGGUCCACCACCGCCGCCAUUAGAAUCAGAAGAUGAGGAACAGUUUGAAGUAGCCGAUGAACCUGAAAAAAAUGAAACCGAGUCACUUACCACAAAGGAGCAACCAAUCACCGAAAGUGAUGAUGAAAUGAAUUUAGAAAACAAAACAACAAAAGAUAAAGCAAAAAGUCCUAAAAAGUCUAAACACUUUGGGCUGCCACCACCACCACCAGCAGAGUCAGAAGAUGAUGAAAACUUUGAGGAGACAGUCGAAGAACCGGUAAGUAAUGAUGAGCCAGAAGUAGAUAACACUGACGUACUUUCUAUGGAAGACCAACCAAUGAAUGGCAAUGAUGACAAGAAUGACGAUGAUGAUGAUGAUGAUGAUGAUGAAAUGGAUUUAGGAAAUUUAGAAAAACCUAAAAAGAAACGAAAGAAAGGCAUUGUUUACAUAUCAAAUAUACCAAAAUAUAUGAAUGUAACGCGAAUGCGUGAAAUUCUUGGUGAAUAUGGAAAAAUAGGACGUGUAUAUUUACAACCAGAAAAAACACCAGGUUGGUAUAAGAAGAAUAAACGCAAACCAUAUCUUCGUCACUUUACUGAAGGCUGGGUCGAAUUUGAAUCAAAACGUGUGGCUAAACAAAUUGUACCAAUGCUCAAUAAUAAACAGAUUUCAACACGAAAAAAGUCACAGUUUUAUGAUUAUAUAUGGACUAUGAAGUAUUUACCACGGUUCAAAUGGGUGCAUUUAACGGAACGUAUGAAUUAUGAACAGGCUGUACAUAAGCAGCGUAUGAUGAACGAGGUGUCACAAGCGCGCAAAGAAACUAACUUCUUCCAAAAUAAUUUGGAUAAAAGUGAAUUUAUAAAAAAGAAAAGCAAGAAAAAUAAAAAAGUGAAAACAGAGGAUAGUGACUAAAAUGUAAUGCAAUGUGUUUUAUUUUUUUUAUUUUAAA